CGAGGAGGGUCUCCCCUCUCUAUCCCGGACUCCCCAGGAACUCACGCCGCCCACUUUCGGGAUACAAGCGAGUUACAGGACCGGAAUGGAGGGGCUAGACGGGCAUGCCGCAUCGGGCUCGAGUUCAGGGGCCACCGGGGGUAGGACCACCUCGGCCAAGAAGCAAAGCCCCAAGAGAUUCGAGUGUACACACGAGGGUUGCAACAAACGCUUCACGCGCCUGGAACACAUGCAGAGACACGCCCUUAAUCAUUCUGGGGCCGGGGAUUUCACCUGCGCUCGGUGUAGUGCUCACUUCAGGCGGCCCGAUCUUUUAGACAGACACAUGAAUCGUCACCGCCAGAGAGACGAGGAAGCCGGAGGACCUGGCUUCGGAACCCUCGACACACGCAAGCGUUCCUGGAAAGCUGCAGACGGAUCGGUCGUAUCAAAACGACCCCGGCCUACCGAGCCUGACGGCCCAGGUCCGUGGGUCGGUUCUGAGUUCGACAACUCCAUACAAGUUGUGUCACCACCUGUGUCCGAUGAGGGUCGAUACAACCCAAGCAAUCACCCCUACAAUAUUGUUCCCGAAGCAGACGACAACUUCGACGGCUGCAUCGACGCCCUUGAUGGUUCCACGGUUGUGCCACCAACAUCUGCGUCUGCCGUCUUCCCACAGGCCGGGUUUGGCUGGGGCGAUGAGCCGGGCAUCUCCAACCCAAGAACGGACACGACACUGGGCAAUGGGCAACUGGAGUACCACCCCAUCUUCCAACCUGAUACCGCCAGUUCAUUUAACAUGCCAUAUACGACUGCCCUGGAUUAUAAUUGGCUGUUCAACAUAGAAGCAGCUACCGCGUCGGGCUUCGGUAUGACGAGUGCAAGAGACGGCAUUUCAGAGCCAGCGCUGUUUCAUAGUCCAGAGGCUGAAGAAUCACACAACACAGGCAUGGCGCCACCUCAACAAGCUCAGAAUCCCACGCCGGAGUCUUUCAACAGUGCUUCGUUGCAGCACUGGCGUGAGGAAAAGCCCGAUGACCAUGCCAAGGAUCAAGGAGAUUCUUCCAUGGAAAUGCAAGAGUCGCCCAUCUCCAGAAAUAUGCGCUAUCCGCCAUCACAAACACGGACAACAAAACAACCUAAUGAUAUCGAGGGACAUGGACCACAAGAUGGUACAGACAGACAUCUCAGACAGCAGCAAAUGAUCGACAGAAGAAACCCGAACAGGCAAGCAAUGGAGUCACCCUCUCUUCAACGGCAUAAGCAGAACAACAAGACUGCACGCGAACGACCCCUGGCCAUGCUGCAACGGUCAGCCCCAACACCGAGGAUGGAUGAAGAAGUCCUGAACAAGCUGAUUGAAGUCAUCGAGGCUGCGGAACCAAAAAUACCGGACGCCACUCCCGGGACCUCAGUGCGGGAUCAUCCUCUGCUUUCCCUCUCUUCCGUGCAAACCUGGCUGGAUUCAUUCUUCACACAAUUCAACACCACAUACCCCUUGAUUCACAUGCCAACUUUCAAUGCUAGGACCACUGAACCGCUACUAAUACUUGCAAUUUUAUUGCUUGGAGCGACCUAUCAUGACAAGGCUACUCACCAGCUGGCUGUUUGCAUCCAUGAUGUUAUCCGGCCGAGCAUCUUCGCCCACGCAGACUUCUCUGCCCGGCCAAAGCUAUGGGCUCUUCAGACCAUAUUAUUAGUAGAAUGCUUUGGAAAGUCAAGGGCCGGGCAGAAGCAGCACGACAUGAGCCAUCUAUUCCAUGGCCUCUUGAUCAAUCUCGUCCGCAGGUCAGAUUGCCAAAGUGUCACGAAGACUCCUGCGCCGCAGGACGGUGUCUCCCUGGCCGAGGCUUGGGAGCUGUGGGCAAUCGCGGAACAAAAGAAGAGGCUCGCACUGCUCUGCUUCAUGUGGGACACACAACACGCGGUGCUGUUCUGUCAGAGCCUCUGCAUGUCUGCGUUCGAGUUGCGGUGCUCACUGCCUUGCGCCCAGGCCAUCUGGGAGGCUCCAGAAGCGGAAUUAUGGGCAAGAUCUUUGCCAGCACGCCAGCCAUCUUCAUCGCCGUCCGACCCCCUUGCUCAACCCAUGUUCCUCCCAGCACUGAAGUCUUAUCUGACGGGCCAACCUGCCGGCGCAGGCACACAGAGCCUCGAUGCUUUCGGGCAGGUCCUGGUGCUCCACGGGCUCAUGUCCAUCGCGUGGGACAUGCAGAGGCGAGACCAAACCUCGCUCGGCGUCGUGUCCAGUACUGGUCCGGCCUCAUGGAAAGACCUGCUGAGCAAAGCAUACGACCGCUGGAAGGCAGACUUCGACUCGUACUGCCACGAGGCAUCGCUAGCUCCAGCCAAGCCAAAUGAUGCCCCAGCUUCAGAAUGGCUAGCCUUCGCGGCGGCGUAUAGGGCAGUCUACCACGCGGCGCAGGCGCUGCUCCACAUGGAUUUCCUGGACAUACAGAUAUACGCAGGCGCGCGGAACAUCCUCGGCCGGCCCGUGCAGCAGCAGGACUAUGUCCGCUCGUCGCGGGUGGUCAAGCGCUGGGCGUCGGGUUCCAGGGAGCGUGCUGCCACUGCCGCCUGGCACGGGGCCGGGAUGCUUCGGGACCUCAUGACUGGCGACGGCAGCUCUGACUUCGGGGGGUCAAGCAAGCCUGUGGUGGAGUCUUGUCACUUGACAAGCCUCUUCCACGUCCCAUGGUGUCUAUAUCUGGCUACCUUGAGCUGCUGGGCGUUCCACCAUGCGAAGUCGACUCGGAGGGGUCGCCUGGAGGAUGACAAUCACUUCGACGAUGAUGGUGAUGUCAGUGAUGGGAGCGACGAGAUCGUGUGGGACUCUAACAAGGAGAUGCAUGACCUGAUUGUAACUAUGACGGGUUCAGUUAGGGAUGUCAUGGCUUCUCAGGGACGGAAACGGACGAAUGGCCUGGUAUGGGUUGUUGCUGACUCAUUAUCAAAGGUUCGAUGGGGCAUCGUACAUGCCGGGAUGGUUGUGCUGCGGGGCCUGGUCCCGAUGCGACUGAUCAAUCAGUAUGAAGUCAUGUAG